ACGACGUUUUCUGCGAGGCGAGAGAGAGAGCAGCGCGUCGUCUGGAGACACAGACUUCCUGCCACCUGCCCAGGUGACACAGGAGUGGGCCAUGGCCAACCUGACAGCGGGCGAGUGCCAGCUCCCUCCGGCGGAGUACCAGGUCUACUUGUUCCCGGUUGUCUACACCGUGGCGCUCCUCUUCGGUCUCCCGGGCAACCUGGCGGCGCUCUACGUGUUCGCCAUCCGGAUGAGCCCGCGCACGGCCUUCAGCGUCUACAUCAGCAGCCUGGCGCUGGCCGACGUCGUCAUCCUGUGCACGCUGCCCUUCCGCAUCCACUACCACCUGCGCGGCAACGACUGGGUGUUCGGGGACGUGGCGUGCCGCGUGACGGGGGUCCUCUUCUACGCCAACAUCUACCUGAGCAUCUGCUUCAUGACCUGCAUCUGCGUGGACCGCUACAUGGCCACGGUGCACCCGCACGUUCGGCUGAGGAGCGCCCGGUGCUCGCUCCUGGCCAGCGCCGCCCUCUGGGGCGUGGCGGCGGUGGCCGUGCUGGUCUUCAUCCUCAUGGGACCCCUGCAGACCGUGGCCAACGCCUCGGGCGGCCACAGCUGCUUCGAGAACUUCGCGGCGCAGGAGUGGAGCUCCCGUCUGGCGGCCUUCAGCGUCCUGAGCCUGAUCUUCUGCUCGUUGCUGCCGUCCGCCAUCAUCCUGGUGUGCUACCCGCUGGCCGCCAGGCGCAUCUCCAGGAUCCGCACCAGGACGGCCCGCCGGGCCCUGAGGGUCAUCUACACCAUCCUGGCCAUCACGCUCCUCUGCUUCCUGCCCAGCCACGUGGUCUACCUGCUGCACCUGCUGCGCCGCAUGGAGGUCAUCCAGAGGUGCGCCUCGGCCAACGCCAUCUACGCCGCCAGGAGGGUCACCACCGCCCUCGUCAUCCUCAACACCUGCCUGGACCCCCUGCUCUACUACGUCACCACCAGCCACUGCACCUGGAGGCGCCUCAGGAGGACUUGGCUGCUGGGGCGACUACGGCGGCGGCGUGGCGUUUACGCCAUAACGGUGCCAUGAGUCGGUUGUAAUCCAUCGACCUAUGACCUCACAUAUGGACGAAAAUCCCUACCAACAACUAAAAACGUAGUUUUCCUUCUUUUAGUCUUCACAUUUCUACAAACUGUGGUACGCACGCUCCCCCUAGUGGUACGCCAAAAAAAAAAUCACUUGAUUCAAGUACAGUGUUUUAUUUUCCUAUACUCACACACGGUGUUACUGUUCAAAGUGCGUGGCCAAAGAACGGAAAUAGACUUGUUAAUUAAAACCUCCGCCUUGUUUUGAAUGAAUACUUAGGCCUACUACGCUACUGUGCUUUAAUGCUGGUCGUUAUUGUGGCACUUUGAGUGUUUUCUGAGGUGGUACUCGGUGAAAAAAAAGUUUGAGAACCACAGCUUUGUGGCAACAAAGUGGAAAUCUUACACCAUCCACACACACACACACACACACACACACACACACACAC